AUGUCUGAUGAUAUCGAUAUCUUCGUCUCGAACGGCACCUGCUAUGCUGGUAUCAAGCUACUGGCCGACCCGCUGAUGAUACCUUGUGGGAAUGUGGCUGUCGACCACAUCGCGUGUUGCCAAGCUUCUGACUUCUGCCUCGAGAGCAGUGUCUGCUUUAACGCAGCUUUUGGGGUUACAUACAUCUCUGGAUGCACCGAUCCCAAAUAUGACCACCCCAGCUGCCCCAACAAGUUCUCUGAUACAAAGACGCCCUGGCUUGGCCUUUCGUACUGCAAUAAAACGAGCAACGAGUGGGUCCUCUGCGACCAGAAGAAGAAGCCUGCGAAGCUUACCCAGCCUGACCCGUGCUACUGCCCAACAGAUGAGGCCGACAGAAGCAUGAUAAUUUCCCAGUCUUCGAUCAUCCAGCCCACUGCAACACUGCCGACCUCAGUUGGUGAAAGCAUUCAGUUUUUCAAGGGAUACUACCCAUCAUUCAAAUCAUCUGCAGCAACAACCACGGCCAGCAUCACCGACACGGCGACAACAUCAUCGUCCCUCUCGAGCUCCCCCACUGACUCGGCAGUGGCCCCUGCAACAGCAACGGACACCAACGCAGCCGACAUUCCGGGCAACUCCCCUCCAAGCAAUGAGAGCGGCCUCAGCUCCGGCGCAAAGAUCGGCACCAUCGUUGGAGCGGCAGCCGGCACCCUGGUGAUGCUAGCUAUCAUCGGGGGACUCCUCAGCCUCUGGCGCCGCCGCCGCCAGCAGCAACUACAGAACGAGGAAGAGGCCCGCGCCGUGGACAACUUCAUCCACGGAGGCACCAAGAGCGGCACGGCCAGCGAGGCGGACCCUCUCAAUCUCGGCCUUGCGGUCGGAACACCCAAGGACGCGUCGCAUCCGAACACGCCCACCCUGUCUGAGCUCGGCUGCAAGGCCGCAAGGCCAUGGUCUCUGCGUUCCGAGCUGGAUCCCGAUGCAUCGACUCGGAGCUCGUCGACCGCGGGUCACGGCGCUCUUGCGAGACCUGCGCCGAGCGAGUUGGCUGCGCACCCGAUUGCCGAGUUGCCUGGAUGA